AUGGGAGAGAUGGCGAAGGAAAACAAAGCGGUACGAGAAUACGUGAAUAGAAGGAAUCGCUUCGAAUUUGCAGCAAAAGCCCGUGGGAGGAAGAGGGUCGGGAUAGGGAGAGGAGGAGGAGCCGUGGGAGAUGAAGAAAAUGAGGUCUGCACAUCGUAUCGUCUCUUGAUCAUGAACACUUAG